GGGACGCCACAGGCUUGAAGACGUCUCGCUCCGAUGGACCGGAGCCUUCUUCGGUACGCUGCUACCUCAACUUCUCAGUUCUAUACCAGUAACGUGUGCAGACAACAUCUACUCCUCUCUUCCUUGGGAUCUACUUCAUACAAGGGAUCUAUUCCAUUUUUACCGAGCAAGAUUUUUUGAUAUGUGGUUGCAAUGUGGUACUCUUUAUGGUGGCAUAUCGUGGGGAUUGGAUUACUGGUAAUAACUGCACAUGCCUGUCCGCCGCCGGAGACCAUCACACCCUGCUUGUGUACGACAAGAGCUGACGAACUACAAAUAUGGUGCAGUCACAGCGAAUUGUCACCAGUUCUGUCAGGGCUGCAGGCCGUUGGCGCUCAACUAACCAGGCCAAUAGACGAGCUGAUUCUUGAGAACAAUGCCAUGACUGCGCUUCCUGGCAGAGCCUUCGCCCCUUUGCGGGUGGUUAGGCUGAUGUUGAGGGACAACAAAUUAGAAAGGGUCGCCGCAAAUUGGCUGGCAGGACUGGAAGAAUCGCUCCUUGAAGUGUUCAUCGUGGAACCCGAGCUGAAAAGCCUACCUGAAGACAGUUUCGACACUCUCCUGAAAAUGGAGGCCGUAACUCUCAAAGCCGGUUUCGUACCCAGAAUGCCUAAUUUUUCUGGCCUGUCGAGGCUCAAGUACAUCCAAACUGAACUACCGUCAAUGUCUGAAUUAACACCGGGUCGGAUCAACAACCUAGAGAUGCUAGAAAUGUUGCAGAUCGUCGGUUCAAAGGGUUUGAAAACUCUAGAAGCCUCAGCUUUGCAGGAUCUACCUAGAUUGGUGACUGUGAACUUCACAGGUUGCGGCAUCACUUGGAUACACCCCAGGGCAAUGAUGAGACUACCAUCUUUAAAAGAGCUAUCUUUCUCUUUUAACAAUAUUAUAGAUGCAGGGGAAGUCGGAAGGUCCAUCAGAGAACUUCCUCAUUUAGCAGUGGUAAAAGUAGACAACAAUCAAAUAGACGAGUUGAGAGAAACCUCAUUCGUCGACAUCCCUCCUCUCAAAGAAAUUUAUCUGAAUAUGAAUAAAAUAAAAGAAGUCCAAAGAGGAGCGUUUCACAGAUUGCCCUCUUUGUCUAAAAUUGAUCUCAGCGAUAAUAACAUUAAAAGAAUAUUUCCCGAAUUUUAUCUCCAAUCCUACGAUAGCAGAGUCGAAGAGUUGAACCUGAUGAACAACGAAAUCGACCACAUCAUGGCUUUGACAAUAAUCAUGGAAACGCUGCCCCAGCUCAAGUUUUUGGAUGUAAGCAAAAAUAAAUUGCAGGAUAUUAUGUUCGGGGCCCUAAGAGGACACCCUACAUUAGAAAGGCUCCACAUAAACGACAACCAUCUCAAAAGAGUCGUGAGGGAGGCAUUUACUGCAAUGCCCGCCCUUCGAGAAUUGCGCCUUAGGAAUAAUUCUCUAUCCAAUUAUUUAGAAAUGCCUCUGUGGAAUCUUCCAGCUUUAAAAGGCUUGGAUUUGGCUCAUAACGAGUUCAGAAGGUUGGAUAGAAGAGUUUUAGCAAAUUUACCAUCUCUGAGACGUCUCGACGUAAGCAAGAACAACUUACUCGUCGUCGACCCUGCUUCCUUCCUCGGCACUCCGGCCCUGGAGCAUGUCAACCUAUCACACAAUGCCAUCGAAGUCAUAACCCCUCAGACUUUACCGCAUUUGAACAAUUUGUUCGAUCUGGAUGUCGGCAGUAACCGUCUACGCAGUAUUGUUCCAGGUCUUCCGAGAGCCCUUGAAUAUCUUUACAUGUCCAAGAAUCAAAUCACAGCUCUCCCAAGAGCUCCAUCAUCAGAUCUUCUUUUACCAUCACUCAAACUUCUUGAUUUCAAUGGGAAUAGCAUACAAAGCCUGCCUCCUGAAGGAUUCAUAUCAAUGCCGCUUUUGAGGAAACUGUUUCUCGGUGAAAACUCUAUACAGAAAAUAGACGAGAGGUCGUUCGAAGGAUUGGGAAGACUGGAAAAAUUGGAACUGCACGACAAUAAACUGAACGCUAUACACGAAAACGCUUUCAGAGACUUAAGAAGACUGCGGGAGCUUUCUUUGAAAAGCAACAGGCUGAAUAAAUUCCAAUCAAAUCUUCUCAGAGAAAACGACAAUCUUAACAUGUUGGAUUUGAGCCACAACCAAUUGAUAGAGUUGACUAGCUCGACAUUUGACAACAACAGAAAGAUUAGAGAAAUAUCGUUAUCACACAAUGCAUUUAGUUCGUUUCCCGAAGCCGUCAAGAAACUGCCCGAAUUGGAAAAUCUUGAUUUGAGCUAUAAUAGAAUUCAACAAUUGAUACAACCCUUGUCCAACAUGAAAUCGUUAAGCAUGCUCAAAUUGACGAAAAAUAAACUGCAGACUUUGAUCGACAGCACGUUUUCGAACAUGGACAACUUAACGCUUCUUGAUUUGGAAAGUAACGAAAUCCAGUACCUCACCCCGCACGUCGUACGUUCGAUGCCAUCCUUACAAACCCUAAAACUCGCCAAAAAUAAACUCUCGACGAUUCCGAGCGCUGCGUUUUCCGAUCUUCCCCAGUUAACGGACGUGGAACUUCAAGAAAAUCUCCUGACGCAUUUGGCGAGCGAUUCGUUCACGGGUGUGCCCAAUCUUCUCUUUCUUAAUCUGAGCCACAAUCUUCUGACCGGACUGGACCGAGCAGGCCUCCACGGUCUAAAAUCAAUGGAAAUUCUGGAUAUAAGUCAUAAUAAAGUGUCAAGGCUGAACACACCAGGCCUGCCCAAUUUGGAUUCGUUAAUUCAACUGAAGAUGGACGACAACAAGAUAUGCACAAUUCAAGGAUCCCCUUUUUCUAAAAUGUCUCAUUUAAGAAUGCUCAGCCUGAGAAAUAACAAAUUGAUAUCGCUAUCGGAAAACGCAUUUCAACCUCUUCGAUCUACAAUUUAUCAACUAGAUAUUGAAGGUAACCCCUUGAAGUGCUCUUGCAGUUUACUUUGGUUACAAUCUUGGGUUCGAGAGGGCCCAUAUCAAGGGCCAAGAUGUUCUGACGGUUCUCUGUUGAAAGAGUUUCGCUUGUCGAGAGAGGACUGUGCUGAGCCAAAGAGUUUCGACCAUACUCAAAAUUGUGAAGACAGUCCAACUUUGGGACAAACCCAGCAGCUCUAUGCAAAUAAUUGGAAAGACAUGCAUCAAAAGCCGCUCCCCGAGGAGACAGAUUACUUUUAUGAGGAUUACAUAGAGUAUGAAGAGAAUGUGACUCUUCCUUCGAAUUUCUCUCAACAGCAACAAAAACAGCCGCAACAAGUGGUCGCUUCUUCGACGGACGCUCCUAUUUUAAUUUUGACGACGAGCACUCAUAAACCUGCAGCCAUGUCGCAUUUCAUACCAGGAGACACACCGACCCUUUACGCGAAACCAGGGUCAGUCGAAAACAAAUUUCAAAAGCCGUCUAGUAAGCCGGGAACAUCGUUUACAUUUUUCGGGAUGCCACUUCCCUAUUUGAACAUAGACAGUUUCUGGGGUUCGAGCAGGAAUUCGGACGGAAAGACCAGAUUCCCGGGGGCGAAAGGGAGAGUCCAGCAGGUGACAUCGCCUCCAAAAGUCGAAGACGGAUUCAGGCCGAUGCUUCCGUCGACCGGAGGGUUCAAACCGAUAUUCAACCCUUACAAUCGGACCGAAGAAGACGACGACAAACAAUUAGAACCCGUGAAACUCACACCCAAACCUUCCGUCAAUAGUUCCCGAUGGGAUAUUAAAACUAAUAACUUACCCACAAUCUUGCAUAAAAAAGAAGCUACCAUUACAAAAGUGCAGCCUGAAAAGACCGAUAAUAGGAUAACAGGGAAUGACCAAAUUGCUCAACUAACUGACAAUGUGUAUAAUCAGAAAAACCACACAGAAUGGCCAGCACCGCAGUCCAGCUCUAUGGGAACAACUCAGCCAAUUUUUCAGUAUAACAGGCUCGAGCCAGAAUUGGAAGUGACGACACCUCUGCUGGAGUCUCUUCCUGAUGAUAUACAACUAGUAACUAAUCACCUGGUACCUGUACCAACAACGACUAAAAGACCUGCUUACUUUUCAACUAAAUCAUCUUCAAUGCCUCCUCAAACUUCAGAUAUCGAUACGGAAGAAGCACCUUUUGACGUAAUAGUACAAUCGACCGUACCUACAAUUUUAUCUCCGGUGAAAAACCUAAGCGGAGGUCUGGGUGGGCCGUCUCCACUUUCCGGUUUUCUAGCCCCAGGAGGUCAACUUCCACCAGUUCGAAGCCACGGAAGGCCGACUAUAACGAAAGUCACGAUGUCACCUUCUUUGGCGACCUCUUCGGGUGCGAUGCCCGUCGCUGAAGAAAUCCAAGGCCCAGUCCCACCUAGGCAGAACUUCGACUUCCACACCCCAUCGACAGAAAAACCGAAACAGAACAACUCUAUUGCAUGGUACUACAAAAAUUACAAUAACACAGACUUGAAACCGUACAUUGGACCUGGUAUGUACAGACCUUCAAAAUCUAAUAAAACCUCACAAUUAACAAUAAAUGUACUAUUAUUGAUUUUCACAACACUAGUCAUGAACUAAAAUCAUUCAACAACCUACCAUGUAUAUUA